AUGGCGACCUUCACCACCACCACCACAACUAAGGGCAACGGCAAGGCGACGGUCCACUACGUCGACGCCGAGUCAUCGCACUCCGGACAGAGCCCGCCUUACCAUGAAGCAAUGUCCGUCUCUGUAGCCUCGUCGUCCGCAACAUCUUCACCUCAAAUCGCCUCCAACCCAAAGCCUUUCAGAAUACCCAUCAGUCCUGCACCGCAUGGCUAUCAACUCAAUAAGUGGGCCUCCGAUGUUGCCAUCAGCCACCAAAUCAUGGACCACGUUCUCAACCCGAAGGUGACACCUCCGGACAAAUGGGAAGGUGAGUGCGCGUCGUCUGCUUGACUGCCCAUCCGGUGGAAAUGGAAACACUUCUACAUAAGCCUACAUCUAUCGGUGGUCUGCCUCUAGGAGUGGCAAUGAUGGUCAAACGCCAACUAUUGCGCUGGCACCAGCACCACAGCUCCAUUCGCGCUUGUAGCGUCGGCGUACCAAUGCAGGCCUCUUUUCUGAGCCAGCGCCGUUGAGGGUGUCAGUUCCAGACACACUGAUCACUGACAAACUUCGGCCCUCUGCCUUCUUUCUUCACUUCAGAUUGCGGCAUAUUUGACGACGGGGUUCAGGUUUCGUGGCUGCCCAGACGACCUGAGCAGAUCAGCUUCACGCACAUGCUUCGAGGGCAAACAUACAUUGCGGAUUGCUCUCCAGAAGAGAUUCUGCACUGCAUUCACAUCUUAUCCUUCAGGCUCAUCUGGGACGUCCGCAUUGGCGCAGCCGGCAUCAUUUCCCGAUUCAGUCAAUUUUCCUUCCUAUUCUACUUCUGCUGGAGAGGCAUCGGGCAGGCAUACAAGGGCAGAGAUGUGACGGGUGUUCAGGGAUGCAGGUUCCUUGAUGGCGAGGGUCGUGAACAGGUGAAGUACUCUGUCGACACCAAUCAGAUCGACAUCGUCUGGCGAUCUGUCGAACUCCCAGAUGUACCAGCCACCGAGGAGAAAGUGCGAGCCAGGAUUCCUACUGCGGGCUACCGGAUUGAACGAGCAGGAAGAGGGUGCAACGUCACAUUCAUUGGCCAAGCCGACCUUGGAGAGGUCAUCCCGGGUUGUGAGUACGCAAACGCUCACGUCGUCACCGCCGGAGUGAGGUCAACAAGCUGAGCUAGUGUUCUUUCUCCCUGCUUUUGCUCGUCGUCGUCUUAGACUUGCUUCGCACCCUUUGCCACGAGCAACCACGCGGCUUGGGGCGAUUGAGGACAGCCAUUGAGAGCUUCGGUGUUCCUCCAUACAUCUGCGACCAAUAUGACUGCGCAGUGAUCCAGCUGCAAGUGUUCUACCCAGAGACACGAAAAACAACGGUUCGUGCGCAUGCCUCUCGAGCAGGUACCUUCGCCCUGGUCCUAGACGUCAAGCGCAUGUAUCGGAAUGGCGUCCUGGUCACCAAGCUGGCGGGCGAAGGCGCAUCAUCGCUCAAUCUGCAAGACGGAGAGGAUCGACUUCUGAUGUCCAUCGCACCCUCAGGCGUCGGCAAGGAAUUUUUCAUCGAGAUCGAGCCCAGAGAUUCGGACCCUGAGGUGGACCAGUCGAGCGGAUGGUGGUGA